GUAUCUACUUCCUGUUUUUAUCUCUUCUUUCCCCGACACGUCGUCGACAAUUCUCCUGGUUACCUCGGUCUCCUUCGCCAAUCAGGCCGGUAGCAAUGGCCAAUUCGUUAUAUGCCCGCAGGCCUUCUGCAAGGUCUCUACCUGCUUUGCGAAUGGCUUCCCUCCAUAAGAUGCCGUCAUCUAGUGGGGAGACUGUAACUACCAUAUUCUUGUCCAACCUGCACUGUAGCAGCUGUGUGCAGACCAUACAGGAUGCUUUGAACUCACUGGAUCCGAGCCCGACGAAUAUCGAGGUGUCUAUUGUUACUCAGACAGUCACCGUUCGCCACCUUCUUGCGCUCUCUGCUGACCAUAUCAAAGCGGCUUUGGAUGCCGCCGGCUUCGACAUUGUAGUCACUCCUCUGGAUGAAUCGGACGACCAUGCUUUCACUAAUAGCUUGUCUCGUUUAACACCUCUACUUCUUCCAAAGAGGAGGAAGCACAUCGAACAAUGCGCACUCUGUCAGUCAGAACACUCUGACCAGGAUCACACCAUUCCACCUCUCGACCGCCGGGAUAAACUCGGUAGCACAGGCACUACCUCCGGGGAUCUUCACAAACAGGCUCUUGACACUAGCACCCCCGUUCCUGCCGAUCUAGGGAAGGUCCGGCCAGUCUCGCAAUCUGUGCCAGCUACUCGUUAUAAUGUCUCGCUGUCUAUUGGCGGUAUGACAUGUGCUUCGUGUUCUAAUACUAUCACGGAUAUUCUCAACAAACUUCCCGGCGUCUCGGGAGCGGUAAUUAACCUCAUAGGACAUUCCGCUACUGUCAAAAUUGACAGUGAAGACCGUGUCAAGCCAGUCGUCGAGGCUAUUGAAGAUGCCGGGUAUCAAGCGGAGGUCGUGAGCGUCGAGCCUGUGAAUUCGCCGCCAGUUCAUCAUGUAACACCACGUAUUGCGCCUUCAGGUCCAUUUCACCUCACUAUGUUUGUCGGUGGGAUGACUUGUGCCUCAUGCUCAAAUACUAUUACCAGUCUUGCCUUCGAGGUGCCUGGCGUCUCUGAGGUCGCCGUCGAUCUCAUUGGUAAAGCCGCCACGGCGACAAUCGCGAGUAAAGACCUGGCAGACAAACUCGUCGGAGCGAUCGAAGAUGCAGGCUACGAAGCCGAGGUAAUCGAAAUACGUCCAAUUGACUCGAGCGAUAAGAGUACGGUGGCUGAGCAUGCCGGUCCUCGAACGGUCUCUGUGCGCAUCGCCGGGAUGACUUGCGCACAUUGUCCUCCGAAAGUCAUGUCCGCCCUUGAGCAGUUCAUGGACCGAGUGUCCAUCGAGAAAGCGAUCACUUCGCACACCGACCCGAUCCUGAAGCUGACAUACACCCCAGACCCACCCCAUUUCACCAUUCGUACCGUUAUCGAUGCUAUCUCUAGCACAACCUCCCCAUCGUCUGCCCCAUUCUCCGCGUCCAUCUAUCAUCCACCUUCUCUCGAAACCCGAGCUCGUCACAUGCAGGCCAAAGAACAACGUGCCCUUCUCUUCCGACUCGCCUUUUCGGUGAUUGCAGCUAUUCCGACAUUUGUCAUCGCCAUCGUGUAUAUGAGCUUAGUGCCUAAGUCUAAUGCUACCAGGAUGUGGUUCAUGGAACCCAUGUGGGCCGGCAAUGCUUCAAGGUCGGAGUGGGCAUUAUUAUUCCUAUCGACGCCGGUCAUGUUUUAUAGUGCGGGCCUUUUCCAUCGGAGAAGCUUGAAGGAGAUUUGGGCCCUUUGGAGCCGGCGCUCGACGCCUCUUUGGAAGAGAUUCGUGAAGUUUGGGAGUAUGAACCUUUUGGUUUCGUCGGGUGUAUCCGUGGCGUACUUCUCUUCGAUUGCCCUUCUUAUUCUGGCCGCCACACAAUCUACAUCUUUGCAUAAGGAAGGCGAUACUACAACGUACUUCGAUUCGGUCGUAUUUCUUACGAUGUUCCUUUUAGCAGGUCGAUUCCUCGAAGCGUACAGUAAAGGACGCACAGCGGAUGCCAUCACCGCGCUUGGGAAGUUACGUCCUUCUUAUGCAUUUCUUUACACGCCUGCAGCGUCAGAAGACAAUCCUGCGGAAUCGCUGUCAUCGACCCCUUCACCUCACCUCAAAGCUGUAGACAUUGACUUAGAGAAAGGCAAUGACCUACAAGGAAUCCGUCAGUCGAAGUCUGGCGUUCACGUACAAAGUGUUCCAGUGGAUUUGCUCGAAGUCGGUGAUAUCGUCCGUGUACAACACGGGGCCAGCCCGCCCGCCGAUGGCACUCUUGUUGCUGGUGUUGGUGCUGCCUUUGACGAAAGCUCGUUGACGGGCGAGUCUAGGCUUGUCGGGAAGAACAUCGGAGAUAAAGUGUAUGUUGGAACGAUCAACAAGGGUUCCGUCGUGGACGUCAGAGUUGACGCGAUUGGUGGGGAAACUAUGUUAGAUCAUGUUGUUAAGGUAGUCAGAGAGGGGCAGACCCGUCGCGCUCCUAUCGAGAGAGUCGCAGAUGUCAUAACUGGAUAUUUCGUUCCGGUAGUAACCCUUCUCGCAAUCCUGACAUGGGUCAUCUGGCUUGCACUUGGCGAAAGCGGAGCGCUCCCACCUGACUAUCUGGACAUCGAAGUGGGUGGUUGGGCUGUCUGGUCUCUCGAAUUUGCUAUCGCGGUCUUCGUGGUUGCCUGCCCAUGCGGGAUUGGCUUAGCAGCUCCCACGGCAUUACUCGUCGGGUCCGGUUUAGCUGCGAGAUUUGGUAUUUUGGUUCGUGGGGGCGGCGAAGCUUUUCAAGAAGCAGCGCAGCUCGAUUUGGUCGUCUUCGAUAAGACUGGGACCCUCACUGAGGGCGGUGAGCCUCGUGUUACUGAUAUCGAGUUCAUCGUAUCGGAGACACCGGACGAAGAACACCAAGAUCAGAAGGUUAUCAGCCGUGAAGCCCUUCUUGGUGUUGCCGCAGAAUUGGAAUCUGCUAGUUCACAUCCGCUUGCGUUUGCCAUAAGGCAGUACUGCGAGGAACAUUCUGCUGCAGGCCAGGUGGGAUCUGCGUUCCAUGAAACUCCUGGCCGUGGUAUCAAAGCCUACUUUGACGCUCUGAGAUGUUGGGCAAUCAUCGGGAACGAGGCUUGGAUGGAACGGCAUGGUGCUGUCAUCGACGGCAAGCUGAAUGACACCCUUAGUGCAUGGAAAUCUGAAGGCAAGAGUGUCGUUCUGUUGGCUGUACGUGAGCAUGCGUCGUGCGAGGAUGAUGACGCUAUGACGGGCUUUGCCAUUCGUAUCGUUUUUGCUGUGUCAGACGCUUUGCGCCCAGAAGCUAGAGAGGUUGUUGCUAAACUCCAAGAAGAAGGGAUCAGCACAUGGAUGAUUUCGGGGGAUAACGAAGUUACAGCCAAAGCCGUAGCACGAAUUGUCGGCAUCCCUGAGACUAAUGUUAUUGCUGGGGUACUGCCCCAUGAGAAGGCUGAGAAAGUCAGGUGGCUACAAAUGGUCGGUAUGAAGAAAGAGUUACCUCGUUUGCAUCGUUUGAUGGGAAGACGGAGAUUGAACGGUCGGUGCAUAGUUGCAAUGGUUGGGGAUGGUAUCAACGAUGCUCCGGCACUAACGGCUGCCGACGUCGGAAUCGCCAUUGGCUCGGGUAGUGAUGUCGCACUUUCCAGUGCCUCGUUCAUAUUAAUGUCGUCGAACCUGGCCAGUCUGCUGACUCUGAUCGACUUGUCGAGCACUGUCUUCAAUCGAGUGAAGUUUAACUUCCUUUGGGCGACAAUUUAUAACCUCAUAGCACUACCAAUCGCCGCCGGGGUGGUUUAUCCCGCGGGCCACGCCCGACUGUCGCCUGUUUGGGCGUCCUUAGCAAUGGCACUAUCGUCAGUCUCGGUUGUGUGCAGCUCAUUACUUCUCCGGUUGUAUAAAGAACCGUCAGUGUCAGCGCGGCCCGGGUCUGGUCAGUAAAAGUGGGGAGCCCAUCCGCACAACCGUGGCAGCGCCGGGAAUACAGUGUCUUUCAGCUCCGUCUGGUAGAAAUCAUGUAGAAGAAAGGGUUAUAGCUGUCCACUUGUUCGUUCUACAUCGCCUGCCAUUUAUGCUUUGUAGCCCGAUCCAUGCCUGAUCGCGAUCAGGAGUGAUUCCUAAUCGAUUGGUGUCCGUGGUACCCCUAAGAACGAAUGAAGGACCUGGUUCCGUGACGCUACAGAGUGUGA